AUAGGCAGCGAUAGGCGCCACAUAAAACUAUCUGCUCCUCGGCUCGGUCACCUUCCUCCCCUUCCAUGGUAUACCAUGCUGCUGGGCUGCUGGCAGCGGCCACCGCUGCAGCGCCGGACCACUCGUGCUCCCCCUUCCCCUCCUCCCGCCGCACUCCUCCUCCGCCGCCGCCUAGUUUCCUUCUUUCAAUGAGAGCCACCAUCAGCUCAGGCCUCUCGCGACGGUGCCAGUGCCAGUGCCGCUGUCGCUGCCACGCUUGGUGGAGCAAUGAGCGCGCACGCCGGAGCUGUUGCGCCAGCCGUGGCCGCCAUUGCCGGGCCGUCGGGUCGGCGCCGGACCACAUGGACGAGCUGCCGGCGAGGGGGAGGUACCACCCGUUCGAGGAGAUCGCAGAGACGUUGCAGCUAGACGACGGCGAGCCGGCCCACCUGACCGACGCCGAGUCCGCCCGGACAAUCGUCGAGGUGAACAACAAGGCGACGGUGAUGAUCUCCACGCUCGUCAGCGACGGCGUCCACGAGCGGAUCAUCCUGCCAGAGUUCCCCUACCUCACCGACGAGAACGGAGAUAUCUACUUCGAGAUCGACAACGACGACGCGCUGCUGGAGAGCAUCAUGGGCGAAGACAAGAUCGCGCAUGUCAUUAUUGGGUUGGAUAACACACAGGUCUUCGCCGACUUGGAUCUAGCAGCAGCGUCCGCCACCGAUUUCGCUCAAGAAGAUGACGACGACAGCGACGACGAUGGCUCGGACGAUGAUGAGGAGAGCGACUUCGAUGAUGACUUUAACGACGUGGAGGGUGUGUUUGCUGUUGAUGAUGAUGACGACGACGACGACGACAGUGAGGACGACGGAGAUGACGAUCUACCAAGCUGGUCCAACCUUGAGACCGUGAAUUCUUGCCAUCCGUUGUACUUUGCAAGGAUGAUUGCAGAGGCCGCAACCAAAUCUAACAUAGACUGGUUGGACCGACCACCGGCAAGCCUUGUCGUUGAGGGUCAGCUGAGACCUGCCUUUGCUGAGGAGAGCACCAUGGUUGCCAAGCAUUUGUCAAGUGAUGAGCCACAGAAAGAUAAAAAGGGAAAUGGUGCUACAUUCUUUAAAGUUGAGGUCCUCAGCAUCGAGUUGAUCACUGCAUAUGGAACUGAGCCAAAGGUAAAAAUCGAAGAUUACCGCAAAGCUAGGCCAGACAUCAUUGCGCAUUCCGCACCGAACAUAAUAUCGCGGCUGAGAGCCGGUGGAGAUAAGAUCACACAAGCUCUGAAAUCACUCUGCUGGAGGUGCAAGGCCAUCCAAUUAGAGGAAGGGGCGGUGAUCGGAGUGGACUGCCUUGGCUUUGACUUGAGAGUGUGCUCAGGAACACAAGUGCAGACGUUGAGAUUUGCUUUCCCUACAAAGGCCACUUCGGAGUUCGGAGCAGAGAAGCAAAUACAUGAGCUUCUGUUUCCUAGGAAUACACAUCAAGAGGGGCAGUCACCACAAGCUCGACAGAAAGAGUCUUGAUGUAAUUCAAUGUGAUAACUUUAUUCAUUUGGUAGGAAAUCGAUUUAGCAAAAUAAAUUAUUGGCACUUAUCAUGAAGGUAAUGGUAUAACUUUCGAGCUUGGCAUUA